AUGGAGACGGUAGUGGUCAAGACCCUCACCGGCAAGACCCUCAACAUAGAGGUGGACUGCGCCACGACGACGGUCCGGGAGCUCAAGGAGCUGGUGCAGGACCGCGAGGGCAUCCCGCCCGACCGCCAGCGCAUGAUAACCGCCGGCCGCGCCAUGUCCGAGGACGACUGGCCUCUGGCCGCCUACGGCCUGCGCCACUGGUCUACAGUCCACCUGGUCUUGCGCCUGCGUGGUGCCCCCGCCAGCCUCUUUCUCGACCCGCCGCACGCGUCGGCCGUGCCCUGGCCUUCCAAGGAGGAGAUGGAUAGGUUCAUGAAGUGCGAAUGGGCGGAGCUCGUGGCUCGCGGAGGCGAAGAGGGCAUCCACGCGCUGCGUCCGCCCAGCGAAACCGAUUGCUCGUUCCUCGCCUUCAUCGAAGGACCGGCAGGCAGCCUCUACGAAGGAGGCGAGUUUGUGGUCCGGGUGGGCCUCGCCUCGGCUCCUCUGGUGCGCGUGCUCACGCCCCUCUUCCACCCCGCCGUGGCGACCAACGGCCAGAUCGCCCUGUUGGACGGCAAAGGGUUCGUCCCCUGGCGAGGGGCGGGACUCCCUCUUCUCCGGGCCCUGCGCGCGCAGCUGCUGGUGACCGACAUCGGCCCGGAGCGGGAGGCGGCGCUGGCCCGCGACCCGCUCGUGCGGCUGACGCAGUGCAAUGACUGGGGUCCUGAGAUGCCGCAGAGGCGCCUCCGAGCGGAGAGGCGCGCGCGGGUGACGACGGCCCUGUGCGCGAUGACCGAUCACGACCGGCGGACCACUUCAGCCUGGCUCGCCCACUUCAUUCCUCACUCCCCACAGUUGUGCGGGGAGGUCAAGGCGCUUCUGCUGGUCACGGCCAAGCACGAGCAGACCGGGGAACCGCUCCACCCCGAGGCCGGGCUGGUUGGGUGCCUGCCCGCCGAGCUGGUGCGCAUGGUGGUGCACCACCUGGCCCUCGCCCACGUCGCCCAGGAGCGGACCCAGCUCGUCGGCCGCCACCACCAAGGCGCCGCCCCCGAGUCCGAGUGGCUGCCCACAAAGUGGAGGUCCCCACCAGCAUUAUGA